AUGCACCUCCCUUUCCUCUCCCUCCUCCUCGCCGCAACAACGGUCUGGGCAGCUCCCCAACCCGUCGAGGAGUCCGCCGAAGACGCUGAUCUAGGGCCUUGCUUCCCACACUGCCACCACGGUCCACCACCACCGCCAGCCUGUUUCUUGCCAUUGCUGUGUCCACCACCGCCACCACCAUGCCCAGCUUGUGGCCCUUGUGGAUUGCCGGAUUGCGGACCUCCUCUUCCUCCUCCGCCUUGUGGUGGCCCGCACUGUGGUGGACCACCACCGUUCCCUUGCCAGUACUGGCCGUUUGCGCCGUUCUGUCAUUGA